UCGAUAAAGUCGUGAUCUUUACUAACACCUGUCCGACAUGCUUUGCGCGCAGAUGAAUUACUCUCAUGUGCCCUAAAAUGUAUGGCUAUGGAGACCACUGACCCCCAAAAUUAAAGUCGCCCUCUACAGUUUAAAAUAAUGCUCAGUGGCAUGGUGGGAAAACCCACUUCCAUUUUCAUCCCAGUACCAAGUUUAUAGUGACUAGUGUGUGUGUUUGAUGAAAUUUCAAUUCGAUCGCCAUUUUGCCAUUCGUUGUAUUACCCACAAAGUUGAAUAAAGAAGGAGUCAUUUUGUUAUCGAAAUAUUCCCGGAAGUAGGUCGCACAUAUCUUCGUCCAUAUAGCAUGUAUAGCUUUCGCCAAUGCUGUUGAUUCUAAACACCGACACUUAAAUAAAACUCCGACCACUUCGACUUGUCGAACUUAAUAGAUUUGUGCGCGGAUUGUUUUUUUAUUAAUAUUUUGUUUAUCUGUCUUUUCCAUUGAGCUCACUUUUACUGAGCAAUUUUAUCAACGAAAAUGGCUGAGAAGGCUAAAGAAGAAGCAUCAAACUAUCCACAGAACUUGACAUGCCCGCUAUGCCUUGAUGUAUUCGAUGAGGCUACCAUCCUCACGGCAUGCGGCCAUACCUUUUGCCGCAAAUGCCUCAGGAACUAUGAUCAAGUUCAUCAAGAGCUCGACCACAUGAUCUGUCCUCUCUGUAGAGAAAUCACCAAGUUGUCUGCUAACCGGGUCGAUGAUCUCCGCCUCAAUGUGUCCAUCAACGGAUGCGUGGAUGAUUACCACGCCAAGCGUGGAGGGAUGAAUACUGUCCUUCAGAUGAAUCCAAAAUGCACCGGUUGCAAGACUCAGCAAGAUGCUGUCUCUUACUGCAGAACAUGUAAUAACUACUUGUGUGAUAUGUGUUUGCAUUGCCAUCAACAUCUCACAGGACUCUUUGAAGGUCAUGAAAUUGUCUCCAUAGAAGAUAUCAUCAAGGGAAAUGUAAAGAUUGGUUAUCUAUCCGAGAAAUGCGCCACCCACAAACAAGAAGACAGAGAUUUGUUUUGUGACGAAUGCAAGGUCCACGCCUGUCUCAAGUGCGUUGUCGUUGCCCAUAAAAAUCAUGACGUCAAGAAUCGCAACGACUUUGAGCAGGAGCUGCAGUCCAAGGUAAACGACCUUGCUCAGCGCUGUGCCGAGAAGAAAACAGAACUGGAAAAGAACAUACAGAAUGUAGAAGUACAACGCCACGAGGUACAUACUGCCGUGCAGAAACUAUUGGAUGAUGUCAAGCAGGCCUACACCAUCAAAGUCAAAGAGCUGGAAGAAAAUCUUAGCAAACUCGAAGAGCAAUUAAUCGCUUUAAAACAGAGCUUCGAUGAUGACCUUGAUGUGUUGAAAUCAAAAGAUCGACAGAGGAUCAAGAGUAUCUGUAGUUCGAUCACACUGGUAGACAAUGACAGACUUGGUCAUCUCGAGACAGACAGUCUGUCUGUUCAUGUCUUACUCUGUGAGGAGCUGGAUGCUAUGCUCAAAGAAGCUACUGAUUACAUGUCUGUGGCAGCCAUUACCAAGGAUGCAAAGGAAACGAAGUUCAAGCCCGCGGAUGAUGAUCGUCUUGACCUUGGGCGUAUAUUAAGAUUUACCGAUGUGCAGAUUGUUAAAUGCGUAGAUGUACGGGGGAGUAUUGCAGGAAUGACGCGAUACACUGAUGACAGUGUUGCCAUUGGAUUUGAAAAAUAUCAUGAUAUUGAUAUCACUGAUUCAGCUGGCAAUAUUAAGAAGCAUGCAAAUAUCCCGAGUAACACGGUUUUCCACGAUCUUGCAUUUUUGCAAGACGGAUCACUCUGUUGGUCUUUGAGUAAUUCAAAGGCACAAAUAUAUUCUCUCACUGGUUCCCAGAAAUCAGUCAUACAAGUGAGGGACAGAGGACAUCGCCUGAAGAUAACCACCAGUCCAUCAGCAGAUGAAAUCAUCAUUUCCAAUGGUGGAAAUGAAAUAUAUAUCUAUGAUUCAACGGGAUCCACUCUGAAACACACUGUUCCAACAGGACACAAGAUCCGUCAGGCCUCUGCCACCAGGUCUGGUAAGAUUAUCACCAGUUCAUGUGACCUUCAGAAUCCAAGCGUGGUGACGGUUUAUGACAGGGAUGGUAAUGCUGGCAAGUCACUACAAGCUCCAAAUGGUGUCUACCUGUAUGCUGCCGUGGAUAAGCAGGACAGGGUGUAUGUAGCAAGUGUUAAUUUUAGGAGCAAAAAUGUCGUGAUCAGGCUCUAUGAUCUUAAUGGUCUCAAUUUAAUAGAGGGAUAUGAGUUUAAUGCUCUUAAGAUGACAUUGGGCAGUUACUAUUGUUAUUUAGUAUCAGUCUCAAAAGACUUACUCGCUUUUUCUUGCUACUAUAAGUUAUAUUUUGUCAAAUUACUUUGAUCAAACGGAACUCACAAUCUUUUUGUAAAGGUCUACAUUGAAGGUACCUUUAAUCUUGUAAGAAAUA